AUGAUCUUCCUAACUGAUCCGAAUGAUUUUGAAAAAGUCUUUCGAACUGAAGGAAAAUACCCCAUGCGAGAUGUUAUGGAAUCCGUGGACUACUACCGAAAGGUCUAUCGCCCGGAAAAAUUUAAACAUGGAUCGGGAUUAAUUACCCAAAGUGGACCAGAUUGGAGUUUUUUCCGUCAAAAAUCCAAUCCACUCUUCCUGAAUACGAAUAUUCGAAACUUAUACUGGCCUCACGUAGAUGAAGUAGCAAAGGAUUUUAUGAAAUUAUUAUGGUCAAUGGAAACGGUUGUCUACAUCCUUGUUGGACUACGAAUGGGUUAUACAGAAGGGAAAUAUGAAAAAUUGGAGAAAGUUAUGAAUUUUGUUGAUCAAUUCUUCACAGAAAUUUAUAAACUAAAUCAACGACCAUCCCCAUGGAAGUACAUUUGGACUCCAACAUUUCAGAAGCAUGUGAACAAUCAGGACAUUGCAUACCAAUUUACGUACGAAAUAAUUGAAGAAGCAAUGAAAAAUUUGCAGAAAAAACCUCUUGAUGGAUAUGAGAGGUGUAUGCUGGCAAAGAUUAUGGACAUUGAUCCUAAUAUUUCGCUUGUUAUACUUCAAGAUUCAAUAAUUGCAGGCCUAGAGACAACAGCUUUCAUCAUGACUGGCUUCUUGUAUGCCAUUGCUAAAAAUCAGGAUAAGCAGCAACUAAUUCGGGAAGAAAUUCAGAGAAAUUUCCCUGGAAAGAAUGCUCCGCUAAGUGCGGAAAAACUCUCUAAUUUGACUUAUACAAAGUUAGCACUCAAGGAAAGCUUGAGGCUCCUUCCCUACUUUAGCGGGGUAUUCCGUCAAACUGGUGAAAAUAUCACAAUUAAAGGCUACCAAAUUCCUAAAAAUACUUUCAUCUGCAUGAAUACCAACUUAGCGAGUCUUGAAGAGAAAAACUUUGCAGAUCCAGAAUCAUUUAAACCCGAGAGAUGGAUUAGAAAGAAUAGAGACGAGAAAAUUAAUCCAUUCCUGACCCUACCUUUUGGCUACGGUAGACGCAUGUGCAUUGGAAAGAGGAUGGUUGAAGUGGAAAUUGAAGUUCUUCUCACCUAUCUUCUAAGGAAAUACCAUAUUGAAUUGAAGGAAGAAUACUUGACAAAAGAAUAUCUUCCCUUUGGUUACCCAAUGGAAAAUUUGCGUUUUCGCUUAACGGAAAUACCAGAUUAG